AUGGGUCAAGGCUUUUCUCUCGCUACGCCGUCGGCCGGCGCGGCGGGCAUAGAUAUUGCGCAGCUGCUGGACAUUCAGUACGAAAAGAGCAUAGGAAAUGCGCGCUUCAUGAAGAGCAUCCGAGGCAGGCACGAGAACGGCGUGGUGCUGGUCAAGGUGCUGGUGAAGCCCUACCCGGAGGUGAAGCUGGAGACGUACAAGAAGAAGAUUAUAGAGCAGCGCAAGGCGUUGGCGGGCGUUCCUAAUGCACUAGGCUUCCAGCGCAUCAUCGAGACGGAGACGAACGGAUACCUGGUGCGGCAGUUCAUGUACAGCUCGCUCUAUGACCGCAUGAGCACGCGGCCCUUCCUGGAGGACAUUGAGAAGAAGUGGCUGGCGUUCCAGCUUCUCUGCGCCCUGCGGGACUGCCACGCGCGGGACGUAUACCACGGCGACAUCAAGGCCCAGAACGUGCUCGUCACAUCGUGGAACUGGCUAUACUUGACCGACUUCUCGUCUGCCUACAAGCCCAUCAUGCUUCCGGACGACAACCCAGGCGACUUUUCCUACUUUUUCGAUUCGUCUGGCCGGCGGACGUGCUAUAUUGCGCCUGAGCGCUUCUACUCUUCUAGCGAAGCUCCGCCUCAGAAGCCCAAGAUGACGUGGGCCAUGGAUGUCUUCAGUGCGGGAUGUGUCAUUGCCCAGCUGUUUCUCGAGUCGGAAAUCUUUAGUCUCGCCCAGCUGUAUAAGUACCGGCGCGGCGAGUACGAUCCCGUCAUUACUCACCUGAGCGUCAUCUCGGACAAGGAUGUGCGCGACAUGAUUGCGCAUAUGAUCCAGCUUGAUCCCGAAAGGCGGUAUUCGGCUGAGCAGUAUCUUGACUUUUGGAAAGAUAAGGUCUUUCCAAGCUACUUUUACAAUUUUCUCCACCAGUAUAUGGAGCUGAUUACGGAUCCUUCAUCGGGGAAUACUCCUAUUUCGGGUGCUGAGAAGAAUUUGGGCGAAGCCGAUAACCGUAUCGACAGGAUCUAUAAUGACUUUGACAAGAUUUCGUAUUUCUUGGGCUAUCAGGCUGAGAAGCAGACAUCAGGGCCGAUACUGCCCAAGUCGAGGCUGGGGUUGGACCAUUUCCCCGUGAGGUUGAGCAUACCAACUCACGAACAUGCCGUUUCUGCGGAUCUCGAGCCGCCUGAGGACGACGGGACGCUCAUUUUCUUGACGCUGGUGGUCUCGGCUAUGAGAACGACGGCAAGGGCUGCGUCUAGAAUCAGGGCGUGCGAUUUGCUGUUGGCUUUUGCCGAAAGGCUUACGGAUGAGGCCAAACUAGACAGAGUGCUGCCGUAUCUGAUGACACUUUUGCGCAAGGAGGAGACGGACAUGGUGCUCGUGACUGUGAUACGGGCCGUCACCCAGCUGUUGCAGCUAGUACGGAUGACCACGCCGAUAAAUUCGCACGUUCUGGUGGAAUAUGUCCUGCCCCGGAUGGAGAUUGCUCUCGGGACGAAAUCGUGGACACCCAACUCCCUUGUGCGAGCGACUUAUGCGUCUUGCAUCGACCCGGAGGUUGAGCCUGGAACUGAUGGCGCCGCCGCCAACUUUGAGAGCAUGUUUGAUAAUGCGAAUCGACAGCUUUUUGAGAUUCUGGAGAGCCACACAAAACAGCUCGUCGAGGACCCCGAUGUUCAUGUUCGAAGAGCGUUCUUGACGUCGGUGCCGGAGCUCUGCAUGUACUUUCAGGAGAAUUCUAAUGAUAUUCUGCUUACGCACCUAAUCACAUAUUUAAACGACCGGGACUGGAUGUUGAAGAGCGCCUUCCUAGACACCAUCGUGGGCAUUGCGACCUUUAUAGGAAGCACGAGCCUCGAGGAGUUCAUACUACCUCUCAUGAUCCAGGCUCUGGCGGAUCCAGAAGAAAGCGUGGUGCGUUCAGCUUUGCAUUCGCUGGCUCAGCUCGCCGGCCUGGGGCUGCUCUCUAAGCCAAAAAUCUGGGAACUGGCAGACUUGACAGGACGGCUCACCAUGCAUCCAAACAUAUGGAUCAGAGAAUCUUCGGCAGAGUUCCUAUCUAUGGCUGCCAAGUUCUUAUCUCAGGCCGAUGUGCAGUGCGUACUGCUGCCGAUGGUUAAGCCAUAUCUCAAAAUAGAGUCUCUCUCCGACUUUUCCGAGUUGACUCUGCUCGACUCCUUGAAGAAGCCUCUUCCCCGGGCAGUCUUUGACCAAGCGCUGACUUGGGCUACCAAGACGGAAAGGGGAGUGUUUUGGAAGUCGGUCUUGGGGAAGCGGCUAUCAUCGAACCAGGGGCCACUGGCUCCGGCAGCUCGAACGUCUAAGGAGCUAAUACCCACUUCCACGAGCAAGAUUAACCGCAAUGAAGAAGAUGAACAAUGGCUUGAGAAGCUAAGGAAUUUUGGACUAAAGCCCGAAGACGAGGUGAAAUUCUUGGCCUUGUGCGAAUAUAUAUGGCGGCUUAGCAGAAGCAAGACGCGGGAUUCUGUCGUCGUUGCCCCUGCUGCCGAAGAAGAAAUCAUGCCCACGGGAUUUGUCCAGCUGAAGGAGCUGGGCGUCUCCAUCCAGACAGUGUUUUUUGACGAAGGACCCCUGAAAGACCCCUCUGGCGCUCUGCCAGACCUGGAACCUACACCUUCCCCAGGAGGGCCAUAUACUAUUGCGGAUGCGUUGUUGGACGCUUCCAUGACGAUAGACGAUGCGGCCGGGAAGAAGAAGCGCAGCUCUCUCCAUUCUCACAAGAGGGUGCACAGCAUAGGUCCUUUGCCCUCUCGUAGCACCGGACGGCUGCUGUCCCCCACAGGGAGCGGUAGGGCUAGCUCUACUGAUUCUCGGAUGGCACUGAAUUCUCCCCUUGGCCCUGGAGAUGAUUCCGCAUCUGUCAGGGAUGGAUCGUAUUCUUCUCGCAGAGGCAUCCGACACCAAUCUAGCGCUCUCAGCCUCUUGGAUCGCAGGGACGGCCACAAGUCCAUACCGGAGACUGGAACCAGCGACACCAACGCAUUUGGACAGGUAGAAGGGCCCUUUACUUCAUCAGCACCGGUGCAGGCCGUUUCUCGGCCGAGCACAGGAGGCGGCGAAGCCGCUCGUCUGAGACAGGUGAGGCAUAGCUACGAAGGAACAGACCCCCACGUCCGGCGCAUGCUUGACAACAUGUACGUCGAAAACUUUCCCCGCGAUGUGCUCGAGUUUGGACCGAUGGUCCAGCCCAUCUCUGGAGACAAGAACAGAUCGGUCAACAUGCCGGGCGCGGACCCUCCCUGGAAGCCGGAUGGGCAUCUCGUGGCGACGUUUUCGGAGCACCAUGGACCCAUCAACCGUGUCAUACCAUCUCCAGAUCACAUCUUCUUUAUCACAGGCGGCAACGAUGGGACGGUCAAGGUGUGGGAUACGCAGCGGCUUGAGCGCAACAUUACGAACCGAUCUCGGCAGACUUACAAACAUGGCGAAGGUGCUCGCGUCGUUGCCCUGUGUUUUGUCGAAAACUCACACUGCUUUGUCAGUUGUGCGUCCGAUGGGAGCGUUCACGUAGUCAAGGUUGACACGGUUCCCACUAGUGGUGUUAUUAGAUAUACCAAGCUGCGGGUGUUGCGGGAAUACCAACUACCGGAAGGCGAAUAUGCAGUUUGGUGUGAGCAUUUUAAGCAGGAACAGAGCUCCAUCCUUGUACUCGCCACCAACCUAUCGAGGAUCCUCGCCAUGGACUUAAGAACCAUGACUCUGCUCUACGUGCUGGAGAACCCUGUCCAUCACGGAACGCCAACGUGUUUUUGCGUUGACAAGAAGAGGAACUGGCUGUGCGUGGGGACCACCCAUGGAGUUAUCGACUUGUGGGAUCUUCGGUUCAAGAUGAGGCUCAAGGGCUGGGGUGUGCCCGGGAAAGGGUCCAUCUACCGGAUUUGCGUACAUCCCAACAAGGGUAGAGGCAAAUGGAUCUGUGUCGCUGGAGGAACUGGCCAAGGCGAAGUUACGGUGUGGGACCUGGAAAAGACGACGUGCAGAGAAAUUUACCGAACUGGCGGCAAUAAGGAUGGCCAGAAGGGAUACACCGCUUGGGAGGUCGAUGAAGAUAAACCCGAAGGAAUGCUUGGUCGUUUCGCCACAAACCUUGAGAUAAGUGACAUGGCAAAUGCGGAUCGAGGGGUCCGGGCAAUGGUUGUGGGCACGGGAACAUCAGAAGACUCUCGCGAGGUCCGCCAUGCGUACAUGCUCACGGCAGGGUCCGACAAACGUCUUAGAUUCUGGGACAUUUCCCGGAUCGAAAACUCUUGCAUUUACAGCGGUCUCCAGCCCGACGAAGUGCCGCCCACAUAUACGAGCACGCAUCCUACAACAUCGAUGACGCUGAAUACGGAGCGAUUCGCUAGGCAUGCGGCGUCUGCGCCCAAUGCGGGGACCGGAUCUAGACAGAAGGCCCCCAGGUCGACGGUGAUUUCUAUGCAGCAGCAGCAGUUGCUUAAGUCGCACCUGGAUUUGAUCAUGGACGUGGCGAUUCUGGAGUACCCGUAUUCGAUGAGCGUAUCUGUGGAUCGGUCUGGCGUGAUUUAUGUCUUUCAAUAG